GAGCAAAAGCACCUUGAACCCGGACGCCAAGGAAUUCGUUCCCGGAGUGAAAUACUGACCUGGGAAAUUCGGGAAUGGCCUGGCCAGAGACUGAAUCCCUGCUCCAGGGAAAAGUUGGGACAUGGGAAGGGCCCGGAGCGGCUCCAGCACCGGGAUCUGCUCCGGUUCCAAGUAUUUCUGCUUUUCCCCAAUUUUUUUUUUUGGUUUUUUUUCUGGUUUUUCCUCACUUUUUCUUGGCAGUUUUUGGCUUCCUUGGGAUUUGCGGUGACCCCGCCGGCGGGAAAAUCUUGGGGAAAAUCAUGGGAAAAAAUCUUGGGAAAAUCAUGGUA